UAGAUUUGAUUUGAUUUAAUUGCAAUUUAAAUCUUUUUUUAACGUAAAAAAGUAAUUUAUUAGAUCCUAAAGUCUGGUUAGUUUGGAAAAUGAUUACCAAAAACUACAUAUUCUUGGCAUUCGUUACUUUAUUCAUUAGUUUUGAAGUGAAAUGCAUUUCAUUCAAACAAUUGAUUCAAUCAUUAGAAGAGAGUGUGGACUGUCCUUCCCUUUGCUCCGAUAGCCAACCAAUCACUGCUAUAUCACCUAUUGAUAAAACGCCACAAAUGUUGGUAAUUAGCGGUCAAUGCGCUUAUAUUGUUGAUCCGACUCAACCACAACUAAAUCAAAGAAAAAAUGGUUUUAAGCAUUCAUUGGCUUUCACCGACAUUCAGGAUAUGUUUGUCCUCACAAACAAUUUAGAUAUCGAGUUGGUUAGCAUUUAUGCUAGCGGAACACUAGUUCAGGUGAUCUCAUCCAACGGAACAAAUUCCAGUCAAGACUUUAUUGCUUCCAAUGUGUUUGAAGGCUUGACCACCGAUUUGGAGAAACCAAUCGAUGCGGUAUUUGUUUGGACCGAUAAAAGGAUUGCUUAUUUCAUUCAAGGCUCCAAAUAUUGGGCCUAUGAGUUAACUGAGAACUGGAAAAAAGGCAGUAAACUGUUGGGUGAUAAUUAUCCCCGAAGUAUUGGUGACUUUGGUCUAAGCAAUGACCAUAAAAUUUCAACGGCUUUCACAGAUUCAGCUAAAAUAUACUUUGUUUCAAUUGAUUUGAUUCAUGUCUUCAGGGUCUCGGACAUCGAUCCAAAGACGGGUCGCUUCUAUGGAAGACUUUCAAAGGUUACCAUCAAAUUGAAAGACUUUUUGAAGUGUCCGAUGAUUUACGAUUCGGAUUAUUCUGUUGACAAUCAGUCAUCAAAUUGGAUGGACUUCGUCACCAAAAUCUGCUCCAACGCUACGGACACGUUUGACUCGUGUGAAGAGCUUUUGGUGACACUCUUAUUGUUGGCUCUUAUCUUAGGAGUGGCUCUAUUGCUCAUCCUUUUGAUGCAAUACAUCGACAUAUCUUCUGUGCAUAAAUUCAGCACAAAAACUAGUCAUUUAUGA